ACUCCCAGCUAUGCUCUCUCUCUCUCUCUCUCUCUCUCUCUCCGAUAUUAAUACUCCCAGCUAUGCUUUACCUACAAACAAGUAACCACACCAAGCGAUCUUUUGCUAGCAAAAACUAGCUCUCUCUCUCUCUCUCUCUCUCUCUCUGUGUGACAUGGAUUCAAGCAAACAAGAGGUAACCCAUGAGAUACCACCCUACGUAAGAGUAUACAAAGACGGAACCGUAGAAAGACUAUUUGGCUACGAAAUUGCACCAGCAGGCUUUGAUCCUCAAACCGGCGUCGCAUCGAAAGACACCGUGAUCACGCCGGAGACAGGCGUCUCCGCCAGGCUCUACCGCCCUAAUCUCGCACCCGAUGUUCCAAAACUGCCCCUCGUCAUUUACUUCCACGGCGGAGGUUUUUUCUUGUCAUCGACUGCUGACCCGAAGUACCACAACUCUCUCAACAUACUAGUCGCCAAAGCCAACGUCGUCCUCGUCUCGGUAAAUUACCGAAAAGCCCCUGAGCACCCACUUCCGGCCGCCUAUGAAGACUCAUGGGCAGCUCUUGAGUGGGUGGCUUCGCAUAUGUCUGGUGGCGGUAGUGAGGAUUGGCUCAGGGGCAAAAUCGACUUUUCAAGAGUGUUCUUGGCCGGGGAUAGUGCCGGGGCGAACAUGUCCCACCACUUUGCAAUCCGGGUCGGGUCAAACCCGAUUGGAGAUUUGAAGCUCCGCGGAGUUAUCAUGAUCCACCCGUACUUUUGGGGCGAAGAACCGAUUGGGGAGGAGAAAAGGGACACGGUUAGGAAAUCGAUGGUGGACGAGUGGUGGCGGUUCGUUUGCCCGUCGGAUAAGGGAAACGAUGACCAGCUUAUCAACCCAUUUGUGGAUGGAGCCCCGAGUCUCUCUGGUUUGGCUUGUGACCGGGUCAUUGUUUGUGUUGCCGAGAAGGAUAUAUUGAGGGAUAGGGGGAGAUUGUACCAUGAAUCAUUGGUGAAGAGUGGGUGGAAUGGGAAGGCUGAGAUUGUGGAGAUAGAAGGGGUGGAUCAUGUUUUUCACAUCAUGGAUCCAAGUUGUGAGAAGGCUCUUUACAUGGUGAAUUGUUUAGCUAGGUUUAUAAAUCAAGAGUGAACUUGAGAGUCCUUUUGUUUGAAAGGUUAUUGGAGCUGGGUCUAUUUUAAUAAUUAAGUUUCUUGGUCAGCUUAUACGUUCUUCAACAAAUUUAGGGGAGUCAAGUCUACUGAUCAUAUACAAAAAGUCCAAAUUAAGUCAGAAUAAAGCUCCGUAUGCACGGCAAAGUUACUAGAGUUGUUUGUGUGAUUUUGUUUUCAAUAUAUUGUUACUGUGUUCGUGAGUUAAAUUAUUAGAAAUGGCCAACAGUACUCUAUUCUA